AAUAACAUUUGGAGGAAAAUUUAAAGUUUUAAACCCUAAUGAUAUAAGGCAUUUUAAUGGUUUUGGUGGUCUUCAGAAACCCUAACUUCAGCUAUUGCCCUUCUUCCCCAGUCUCUCAAAAAUGCCGUUCAAGAGGUACGUGGAGAUUGGAAGAGUAGCUCUGGUUAACUACGGAAAGGACUACGGCAAGCUUGUUGUCAUUGUCGAUGUCGUUGAUCAAAACAGGGCUCUUGUUGAUGCACCUGAUACGGUAAGAAGCCAAAUGAACUUUAAAAGACUGACUCUCACUGAUAUCAAGAUUGAUAUUAAUAGGGUUCCUAAGAAGAAGACCUUGAUUGAUGCUAUGGAAAAAGCUGAUGUGAAGAACAAGUGGGAGAACAGUUCAUGGGGCAGGAAGCUGAUCGUCCAGAAAAGACGGGCAUCGCUUAAUGAUUUUGAUAGGUUCAAGCUCAUGUUGGCAAAGAUUAAGAAGGCUGGAAUCGUUAGGCAGGAGCUAGCUAAACUUAAAAAGGAGACGGCAACCUAAACUUUUUUCUAUUUAAGCCUUGCCUUGUUAUACAUUUCAGUUUGAGAUAUUGUAAACUUCUACCGACUUUUUUUCUCAUAAUUGUUGCUUAUGACUCCUGCUAUCAAACCUCUAUCUGAAAUUAUGGUUGACUUUUUAA